AUGGUUAUGACCGAAUCUAACCGGUGCAAACAUUUAUCAUCCUCCCGUGCAUAUAAAUGUUGUUAUGGUUUAAUCAUUAUCUUGAAUUUAUCUACAUGGAUGGAUAUAAAUGGUCUGUGGAUAGAGUUACCCGUAAUGGUACAAAAUACACCUGAGAAAUGGGCAUUACCAUCUACGUUAGCACUCGUCAUCAGCCUGGGUAAUAUAUUCCCAUUAAUUAUUAUCUUGUUAAGAUGGUGGCUGAGGAAUCGUUUUACGGAAAUACCAGUUAUGUACAUAAUUAUUGUUGUUGGAAUUAUUGCUUGUACGGGAAUUGGUUUUGGAUGGAAAAUAAGAAUGUUCGUGUUCGGUGCUGAACGGAGUAUUUGUCUAAUCAUCGCUGUAUUUUUAUUAGCAGCACUUGAUUGUUCAUCAAGCUUGGUAUUUAUAGAUUAUAUGAAACGGUUUCAUCCAUCCUAUUUAACUGCAAUGUUUUUUGGUGAAAGUUUGACUGCAAUACUUCCAACAUUUUUAGCAUUAUUGCAAGGUGUUGGUGGAGAAAUAAUAUGUAGGAGAAAUAAUUCUCUAACUGAUCAAUUUGAACCAUUUUAUAGUGAACCAAGAUUCAGCGUAUCGAUCAUGUUUUACCUAUUAUCCAGCAUAAUAGCGUGUUCGCUGAUUGCAUUUUUAAUACUAAGAUGGACGUCAGUUGUUUAUAUUGCUGAUGCUUUACCAAAGCUGAUGGCGAACGGUUAUAUUACCGAUGAUAAUGGGGAGUUUCUUGUGAAUAGUGAUCACAAAACGCCAAGACGGCAAAGUGCUAAUUUAAAAACCAAACAGUUUUUUCUAUUGUUAUUUAUUUGUAUAAUAAGUGCAUCAUUUAUUUUUGGUAUUUUACCAACACUUAUUACCUAUGCAUUAUUACCAUACGGCCAAAAAGCGUUUUAUUACUGUAUUAUUCUAGGUCCACUCGCUUUUCCGCUGGCUGCUUUCCUCAGUAUGAAAUUUCCAACAGUGAGCACAACGAGAAUUGUUUCUGGCUGUAUAACAGGAUGUUUCGGUUGUAUAUAUAUUAUAAUAAUCGCAUUUCAAAGUCCAUGUCCAAUUAUGUCAGAUACAGUCCACGGUGGUGUUAUAAUAAUAGGCAUUUGGUUUGUAUCAUCAUUUAUCUUUGGAUAUGUUCGUAUGGCAAGCGCUAAUCGAAUAAGACGCUUCUGGAAGGGGAAAAGUGGGCUGUUUUGGCUUGGUGUUGCAGGACAGCUGGGUAUUUGUUUAGGUGUUAUACCAAUGUACUUCAUUAUCAAUACAUUUAACUUGCUCAAAGAUCGCCAACCAUGUCAAACAUAUUGUUUGUAA